CCCGUGGCACCGCGUAGUUGCAGCGCAGAUUCAGUUUGAACCUGAAGCGGAGUGACCUUCCCGGGGAGUUAGUGAGAGCGAUACAGACAGACUGGCAAGCACUCCCGCAGUUACACAGAACAGCCCACCGACAUGAACAACAGCCUAGCCGGAGAUGAAAUUGGAAAGCUCUUUGUGGGCGGCCUGGACUGGAGUACCACGCAGGAGACGCUGCGGAACUAUUUCUGUCAGUAUGGAGAGGUAGUGGAUUGUGUAAUUAUGAAAGAUAAGACCACAAACCAGUCCAGAGGCUUUGGGUUUGUGAAGUUUAAUGACCCCAACUGCGUUCGGACAGUGCUGGAGACUAAACCCCAUUCCCUGGAUGGGAGAAAUAUUGACCCAAAGCCAUGUACACCCAGGGGAACACAGCCUGAAAAGACGCGGACUAAGGAGGGCUGGAAGGGCAAUAAGAAUGACAGCAAUAAAUCAAAGAAAAUUUUUGUUGGUGGGAUCCCUCACAACUGUGGUGAACCCGAACUCAGGGAUUAUUUCAGUAGAUUUGGAGUGGUCACUGAAGUGGUAAUGAUCUAUGAUGCGGAGAAGCAGAGGCCCCGAGGUUUUGGAUUUAUUACUUUCGAGGCCGAACAAUCAGUGGACCAGGCUGUCAACAUGCAUUUUCACGACAUCAUGGGCAAAAAAGUGGAGGUUAAGAGAGCGGAGCCUCGUGACAGCAAAACCCCAGGGCCAGGAGAGCCGGGCGCUAACCAGUGGGGACCCAGGGCAAUGUUAAGUGCAGCCAAUGGCUGGGCAGCUCAGCCUGCACAGGGCUGGCAACAAGGCUAUGCCCCUCAAGUUUUAGGAAUGUGGAUGUCGGCAGGCCAGCCAAUAGGUGGGUACGGGCCUUCUCCUCCAGCCGGCCGAGGAGUCCCACCACCACCCCCCUCUCCCUUUAACGCUUUCUUAGUCACCACCACCCCCCCUGGAGGGUACGGAGCACCCCAAGGAUACCCUCAGCCUGGCUACGGCACCCCACCCCAGUAUGGUUAUGGAUUUGGUGCCCACCAAAAUCCUGCUGACCAGUUUGCCCCACAAGGAGUGCCUCAACCCCCUACCACGCCUGGUGCAGCACCCAUGGGCUUUGCCCCUGCAACCACCCCCACUCAGGACAUGAACAAACCCCAGGCAGGACAGCCCGAGUUCUCCUACAACCAGUUUGGCUUGGGUAACUAUCCUCAGGACCCGUCCGGCUACGGACCAACGCGUCCUUCUCAGAGUUAUGGUCAGGCUGAGCAGGGAUAUAGUGCAGGUUACGGGCAGGACAUGGGUGUAUUUGGGCAGAGCUUCACAGACCCCAGCCAGCAAGCACCUUCCUACGGAGCACCUUCAGCCCCAGCAUCAGGGGGCCCCCAGCUGGGGGGCAGCAGCUUCGGGCGAGGGCAGAACCACAACGUUCAGGGCUUUCAUCCUUACCGCCGCUAGAGGCAUGGACACCACAGAGAUUCGAACAAUAAUACAACGUCAGGGAAAUAAUUCUGUCACAAAGGAUUUCUGCUGGUAUAUUCGUACGACCAGGGAUUCUGAAUUUGAGGACUUGGUUUUUUUGUGAUAAUCGCAUAACAUACUUGAUAGAAUUUAAAUUUGGGAAACAAAGUCAAAUUCUUUAAUUUUUUUUUUUAAUUAAUAAUAUAAAUGAGAUGCUCUAUUUUAGGGGAGUGCAAUUUUUAGAAUCAAUCAGACUGAUCCU